AUCCCAAAAAAAAAAUAUUUAAGAUAAAUUCAAAUAGUGAUCUAUCUGUUAUAAUUAUUAUCAAUUAAAUGUAAUUUUUAAUAAGUGAUAACAAGCAAAUUAAAUUCAAUAAUCCAUUAAACGUCAACCACAUAUUUGUGUGUACAUCCAUUCAGAGAGAUAUUUAUAUACAUAUUCGUAUGUAUUUAUGUAUCUAUAAAUUGAAAAGAAAAGCAAAAAAUAGUACAACGAGAGAAGCUAUAAUCAACACACAAAAAAAAAACAUACCCAAUUUAAUAAAAAAAGUACAACAAAUCAAGCCAUUCUAAAGGGCAAUUUGUGCAGACGUUGAAAUUAUUUUCAAUAAAAACAUUUCAACGGCUGUUUGUUCUUCGUGUUCCAAACGUCGGCCAGCGGAAAUUUGAGCGAAAAUAUCCUGCCGUGAGACCUAGUUGUUCGUGUGUGUGUCAGUUGUACGAUAAUAAUUGUUAUAUAUUUCCAAUAACAGAAUCAAUCUGGAAAUCUGCAAUAUUGACAGAAUCUAAUGCCACCACAAUAAUUCUCCUCAUAUCGAAAGAUCAAAGUGCGAUUUCGAAUUUCAUGUGUUAUUCUUCGGUACCCUCAAAUUGAGGUUGAGAUAGAAAAAUAAAAACAAGAAGAAAAAACAAUUGUCUGUAUACCAAAAACCGAAAAAGCAAGACCUAAGAAAAGUUCAGUGUUCGUGUGUAAUGACGAAUGGAGGAGGCAAAAUUGCAAAAUUAUUAUAUUGCGUGUGAAUAAACAUACAGAAAAAGAACACUUUGUAAAAAUUAAGAGAAAAGUUCCCUCAAGUUUCGUAAAUUUUUUUUGUGAUAUUCGAAAAAUUUCCCAACUACGUAACGUCGAAGGUGAUUUCUUCUUUAUUAUUUUUGUAAAUGCAAAAAGAAACAAUACAAGAGCUAUAGCCAUCUUACUUUACUCAACACGCUCUGGGAAUUUUAUUACAAAUUUACAAGAUACGUGUGAGAAAGAGACCGCAAGUGUUUUAUGUUUCGAUAAAACGACGACUCGUAGCUAUUGAGCAAAAGCAAAAUAAAUAUUAAAACCACCAAAUUAAAACAACAACGACGGGAAGCUAAUGGUUUACAAAGUUUCAAGACCACAAAUAAAUGCGCAAUAGAAAAAAAUACAACAAGAAUACCACAGAGAGUAAAAGCAGUAGAAAAAGAAGAAAUCGCUUUGGAUAUAGAGCCAGAAAGAGGUUAACGACGCCCAUCAGCAUCAGCAAAUAAUAAAAAGGCAGAAGACGAGAAGAGCCCGUUGACUCUGCGAGUAAAGAAGGAAAUUUAAAAGAUAAAUCAACAGACUGAUUAAUUAAUAUUUAAAGUAAAGAGUAUAAUACAUAAUAAUUUAUACAUAAAUCUAAUAAUAAUAAUACACAAAUCCUGCAAAUAUAUAUAAAUAAAUACAACUGUAAAUACUGAAGCGACGACGACGUCCAGAAGCAAGCGGAAGAGAAGGAGAAGAGUUGAAGAAAAGUGCAAGGGCAGGAAGAGUUAGUGGUGUUUGCUGCCGAUGAGGACGACGAAUAGCAGGUUCCAGAUUCACAUCAGGAAAUAACAAAAGGACAAGGAAUGCCCAUUUAUAUUUUAAAUAAGCGUUGAUUUUAUUGUGUGUGAUAUUUAAAACUUAAGCAUUAAUUUAAACAAAACAAAAAACGUAAAAAACCCCAAAAACAACAAAGGCAAACCAAUUACUCAAGCAACAAACAACCCAUCCAGUAAAGUGGCGGUAAACUAGCAGCAUAAUUGAGAAUUCGAAUCAAAUACAAGAUACAACUACAACAAUAACAAUUGUACUAUGACAUACUCGCACAAUAGCGUUAGUAAGAAUCUUAAAAUGACAACAGCAGCAGCAGCGACCGCAGCGGCAUCGAUACAACAACAACGUUCGAAAAAAGUGUCGCAUAGUGGAGCAGGCGGAGGCGGUGGCGGUGGUUAUGGCAGCAGCAGUAACUCACCACCAUCAACACCACCCUUAAGUGCACAUUCCAACAGUAUUGCUAGCAGUACAAAUUAUAACCAUACCCAUUACCAGCAUCAGCUAAGCUCAUCGCCUCCAGGAUGCCCCAUGUCAUCAGCAGUUUCCACCAGCUCCAAUUGUAGCAGUAGUUCCGGUGUUUCAUCACUGGGUUCAUCAGGCAAUGGAAGCAGUGGCAGUUAUUUUGCGUCUGCACGUAAACAUCAACGCAAUUGGCAACAGCAAAGGCGAUCGCCGCAGCAUGUAAGUGAUGCUGGCAGCUUUUUCAGCAACAACAAUACCAAUCAAGGUGGCGGCAGUGCAAAUAAACGGUAUAGCAUUGGCGGAGGAGGAAGUGGCCAAAAGCACCGUGAUGGGCAACGUUCACCUCAGGGAGGACAAGCGACACGCCAAUCGCCAGCUUCGAUAUUGGGCGGCGGUAUCAGUCCAUCUUCGCCAAUAUCCAUUGGUGUCAGCAGCAACCCCAAUUCGGCCCGCAAACCCCGCUCGAAGCACUCGAGCCCAUUGUUGUGUGCCGGUGGCAAGAUCUCACCCACUCAUCCACUCAUACCCACCGCCCUGACGCACUUCGCCGGCAGCAAGUGCUUCGAUGCACCAGCUCCCACAGCAUUGCCGAAACCUCCUGAGCACUGGACACUGAGCAAAAGUGAAGAGAAGGUCGACAGCAGCGCUGGUCCCGGCCUACAUAGUGUGCUAAGCGUUCGCUCGCACAAUCACCACCAUAGCAGCCACCACCACCACAACCAUCAUCAUCACUCUAACGCCGUCGAUGCGCACACCUUUGGAGGACACGUUGUUAAGUCUUCGAAACGCAAUCUCCUCGACGACUUCGAUACGCACAAUUUGAAAUUGUUGCUCAACGUGCAAUCGUAACCGCCCAGCGGCAUUCAUCACAUUUUUUGCCAACAAAACUUAAGCAAAAUCAGCCCAUUAAAGGACAACCAGCAAAAAAAGGAACGAAAACAACAACAACAAGAAACUAACCAAACAAACUAUCCGUCAAAGUAAUAAGGAAAUACUAUUUUUUCAACUUCUGUCUCUCUUGAACACUACAAGUGCUUGUGAUCUCAAGAACAUUACAAAGUCACACUUAAACGAAAAUAACAAUAAACUUCAGUAACACUAAAUCAGCAUUAAUUAAAAAUCCAAACAAUAAUAAUAAUAACAACAACAACAACAACCACAUACAAAUGAACACGCUAAAAUAGCAAACAAUGAACAUGCCAAAAAAUGCAAAAUUCUCAUAUAUCAACAACAAACAAAUGAAAACUACAAAAAGUAAUUAAUUCCGUAUCUGUGAAGAGACAAUUACAAAUAAAAAAUAAUUUUAUUUAAAACCAACAUAAACCAAAAACAAACAACAAAAUAAAAUUAAGCAAGAAGCAGCAGUAACGAAACAAAAACUUUAAAAUCUACAAAAGUGCUAUAACAAAAACCAAAAUACCUACAAAACAACAACAGCAACAAGCAAAGGCAUUACCACACCACCCAGAUCUACAAAAAAUAAACAAGCAAACGACGACUAAUCCUUGACCAGAUUAAUAGUUACCUAUCUGUAUGGCAACUCGUUUUGACCGUGAUAUAAUCUCUAUUAGAAUAGAACAUCAACUAUGAUGAUGAUGAUGAAGAUGAAGACAACGGUUUUCCAAUAGCAGAAGAACCAGUUUGGAAAAAACAACGAAUGAUCCCGCAUCCCGCAGGAUACCAAACCACAAAAUCAACCAACAAAAGCGUCGCAUCAACAACUCAUAGUAGAAAAAAACUAAAACAAACAUUAGCCCACCAAAUAUGAACAAGCAAACAACAUAUGUAUGUAUGUUUUGAACAACAAACAUCAACGACGACAGCAACAAGAAACCAGCAACUAAGACUUGAGGCUAAUUCCUUGAAUGGCAAAAACUCUUGAGCUCGUGCGUUAGUUUCAUACACUCGUACGUGCUCUUUUCUUUCUGUGAUGAUGGAACGGAGGGUGGUUUCGAAAUUGCGAACUAACCGACCGUGCCAACCCAACCAACUCAAAUACAAGGCCUUACAGUCUGCUCCUCCUCUUCCUACUCGUUCCAUAAGCGCCGCUUUGAUCGCCAGUAACUGCAGGCAGCAGUAUCAGCAGCAACAAUAUCAAAUAGUACCAGUAGCAGCAGCAGCAUCAGCAUCAUCCAAUCACGCAAUACAGCUUUUAUUAAUGUUAAGUAGAUAAAACAACUCUACAUUUUUCGACUGUUUGGACUAUAUUAGUAGUAUGUAUGAAUGUACCUAUCUAUCUAUCUACCUACCUACCUACCAGCUAUCUAUCUGUCAGCCAUUAUGUGUAUUUUCUUAAUUUUCUUCCAAAAUUCAAAAGAUAAAACCUAAGAAAUUUAUUUAUAUUGUGUAGAAGAUGAUUUUCUCCAUAUUGUUUGCAAUACCAGUUUUGUAGUGAACGGAUGCUACAAACAGCAGUCAUAUCGUGUAUUUAUUUAUAUGCUAUUUUUUAUACAAGUCCAUCGGAAUCCCCGCCCCACGAUCCCCUUCCCCCCAUCCUACACUUCCCAGUCACUAAUCGAUCUUUGUUUUUAUUUUCUUUUUUUAACGUUAGAAUUUGUAUUUUUUUCCCUACCUUUGUAAAUUUAAAACUUACCAAAAAAACAGCUUGUAAAACGAGUGCUUCUAUUAGCUGCGUAGCUUUUCUCUCUAUUGGCAAAGGUGUGACUACUAGAGGCAUUUGUUAAGUGUGAUCUUUUUGAAGGCAGGACCCAAUGUUUUUAAAACGUAAGGGCCCUGGGCCUAUGCUUAAUUAAAGGAAUAAUGUAAUUUUGUAAAUUUAUAUAGAAAUAUAUAUAUAUAGAUAUAUCCUUAUCUCUUCUUUUCGCCUGUUUUUUAUUUUAUUUUUUUUUUCUAAUGCAAAUUCUAAGUUAAACUAAUUAUUUUUUUUUAUUUUAAUUUAUUUCCGUAUUUUUAUAGCAGUUAUUUGGACAAUGAAUAACUGCUACAAAAAAUGGAAAAGAAAGAGCAACUGAAAGUAUUUAUUUUUAAUACUUAAUAAUAACUUUAAAUUAUUUGUAUUUGUUCUCCCCUUCAUUUCACUGAACAAUGAUAAAAUGUAUGUGUAAUAUAUUUAAGCUUCCUCAUAUUAAUAUGAUUAUCAACACCUCUCCCCCUUCCCUUUCCACCAUUUUAUAUCCUUUGUUUUGUAUACUAUUUACUAUAUAAAUACUAUUAUAUUUAUAUAUGACUUGUAAUUUUUAAAUUCUCAUAAAAAAUCAACAAAAAGGAAAUCAACUAAAACUAACCCAGUACCUUGUUUUUUUUUGUGUUAGCAUUUAAUACUUAUAUAUUAUAAUACUAUAAAUUAUUAAAAUCCAAAAAGAAGCAAAUGUUCAUAUUACUACUACCAUACCAUAACUAUCCCGAACUUAAAACAACAAGUACUACUACUACCAUCAACCAUACUGCUACUGAAAAACAAAAACACUAAAAUUGAGAGAGAGAAUGAUUGUUGAAAAAACUGCACUGCACCGCACCACUGAGAUAUGUAUAUAGAAAUAUGUAUUUAAAACAAAAACGAAAAAGACAAAAGAAAAUCGAAAAGAAGGUGAGGGGGGAAGGGAGAUGCCUGCCAUCCUUCCCUGCCCACCCAAAAACACAUACAUACUAUGAAAAAUGCUGUUGCCAAAAAUUUGAAUUUGUUAUCUUCUGUGUAUAUAAGUCAAAACAAAAUGUUGUUUUAUUUAAUUUUCCAAAAGUAAUUUAAUUUGCUAAGAGAAUAUUCGUAAGAGUAUGAAGAAGACGGCCAAAUAGAGAAAGAUCCCAAAAGACACUCAAUUCUUCCCUAUUCACCACCAAUACAAAGAGGAAGAAGAAGAUAAUGUCAAGCCAACCUAAGAAGAACAUGCACUUCGUUUUGUACAAAAUCAAUUUGUUUCCUUUAAAAUAUAAAAGCAAACAAGCAAGUUGUUGGUAUUGUUUUUCUUUUUUUGUUUUAUUGAACUUUUGUACAUUUUAAAGUUUUUUCAUAAAAAGAAAAAAAAAAUAUUGGAAAUCGAGCGACCAACAAGCAACUUAACCUUUUUAUUUAAAUGAAAUUAUUAAAACGUGAUAUUUGUAUGCAAUCUUAAUCGAGAGGGAGCAGUGCUCCCUCAAAUAAUAUUUCAAAAAACAAAGAAUUUUGCAUUUUUUAAUUUAAGUUUUUCCUGUUCCCUUGCGACUGAUGCAGCCUUUAAGCAUCGGCGGUCUAUCUCUGCCUUUUUUCUCUACAUAUGUAUAUUUAGUUGUAUACUAUUGUUUUCAUUUCCUUUUUUCUCCCUCUCUUUUUCUGUUGAGCUUAGACAAACAAGCCUCCUCAUGUGAUCUUGUGUUGCUUAUUAUAAUACUACUAUUAUAUUACACACAUAAAAACUCUUUAAAAUUAAACAAAGUAAUUACUCUUAAACACCAAAAGUACAAAAUUCUACAAAAUGAAAUAUUUUUUUUAAUUAAGAGGGCAACUGAAUCAUAAGGUCAUAUCUGUUGGCUUGUUCUGUUUUGUUGUAGAGCUCUUAUUGAUUUUAGAAUUUCCUGCUCUUUAAAUACCUAUCCGCCUACUUGUCUGUCUGUCUGUCUUUCCCCCCUCAAUAAAAAAAAAUCAAAUCAAAUUAACUGUAAACAGCUUUUAUUUCUUCUUUUUCUUUUUUAUUUUAAAUUGAUAACGAAAUUGAAAACAAGCUUUAACAAAGACUUAAAUACACACACAGACACACAGAAACUCACACACACACACACGUACACAAACACACAGAUUAUAAUUAUUAUAUUUUAUUUUAAUUGAAUUGUGCAAAGUUGGACAAGUUUAAAACCGAAAAAAUUAAAAAAUUCAAAAAGUAAACAAAAACUACUGCUUAAUAAAAAAAAACCCCAAACCCAGAACAUACAAAUGUGUAUAUUAGUAGGUUUAAAAAUGUCUACACUAUUGAGAUUCUCUAAAAUUGAUUAACCGCAAGUGAAAAGCAAACAAAAAAAAGCUAACUACUGGUAAUUGAACUCUAAGAGUUCACUUUGUUGCAUUUGUUUGACUGUCGCCUGGGCCAGCAAGACCCUUUGAACAACAUUUGUUGUUGCCAUCUCAAUAAUGUAAGCAAUUUUAAACAGCAACAAAUGAGUGUAUUCCCAAGUAUGCUCGAAUAUUAAAGAUAUAUUUUUUCUUUUCUUUUUUUUUGUUUAUUAAAAAAAAACACACACACAAACAAUAAUCGCCGAAAAACCUUUGAGUUUAUUUUAGUUUUUUAAUUAUCAUGUACUUCCAAUAUUAAUUUAAUAAGAAAGCAAGAAAAAGCAACAACAACAGAAAACAACACAAUCAAGCCCAAAAGCAUUUAGGCAAAGUGAAAUUUAAUUGUCAGAUAUUUGAGCCAGAUUUCUAAAGAGAUUUCCUCUAUAUCUUAUUUUAAUGCAUUUAUAAAAGUAUACAAAUUUACUCUGGCCCAAAUGCCCUUGGGUUUGGUUGAUUUUUUUUUCGAAUUGUUCUUUAAAAAGUAAUAAAUGUAUGCAAUUAUGUGUGAUAAUAAUACAUGAGUUAAAGAAAAAAAAACAAAACAAAAGCAAAAUCCCCCCUCCCAUCCCAUUUAUCAUUGUACAACAACCAAAACUUGAUAAAUGCAUUCAAAAUUCAUUGUCUAAUUGAUUCUAAAAACAAUGUAUAUGUUCUCUACGAGAUUUUAACAAAAUUGUUUGUGAUUUUUUUUUUAGAAAACGCCCACACAUGCAAAAUUAUUAAAAAAAAGAAAGAAAGAAAAAACAAGUAAAAACAUUGAAGUUGAGAAAAGAAGUCCGAAAUGUAAUCUCGUGUAUUUCUCUUCUUUUUCCCAACGAAAACAUUUGGAAAACGAUUAUUUACAAAGAAACAAUGUGAAACAAAAAUUAAAACAAAAAAAAACAUUUUUUUGUAUACUACUUUAGGUAUACAAUAAGAUACCAAAAAAAUUGUAAAAUAUAAUACAAAACAAUAUACGAGUACAUAUUUAUAUAGUAUGACGAUUGAACAUAUAAAAAACCACCCAACCGCAACUACACACAAUAAGAAGAAAAAACAACAACAACAAUAAACAUUUCAAUUCGGCAAAAGUCUAAAUUGUUAUCCGACAUUUCUAAAAUAACUUGAUCGUUAUUCGAAUAUACUACGACAACAACAACAAAAAAUAGUCUGAAAAAAUGAAAUAUUCAAAUAAAUUCUUGUGGUGCAGACCUUUUGUGAAGGUCUGUGCCUAAUCAAACCAAAAA